CAGUCAUAUCAUUCCCAUUCAAAGCAAUCCUAGUAGCAUACCUAGCCUAUUCACUCUACUAGAUUUAUCAUACAGUUACUUCGUUGGAACUGGCCAAAGAUUCAUUUUUUGGCUAGUUCUAUCUGAAAAGUGAAGUUUCACAACUUGAUAUUACCCAGCAACUUCAAGAGAACCAAGCCACUGCUCAAAGCCUGAGCUGACAGUUACUGGGUAUCAGCUAAAAUAAAGCCAAAGACUUUGGCUAUAUAGGAUGAUGUUUUCAGAAUGUGGGUGUUUCAUGACUGCUGUCUUGGAGUUAUUACUCACUGUCACCAUCACUUAGAUGCAUCUCGCUUUCUGGCCCAGUCGCAGUCACGGAUAGCACUCCGCCCCGAUGAACUGCACACAAAUAGCCAUGAUCAUCGAUGGAGACCUCAGGGAAAUGCACGCUUCCCUACUUCCCGAUCUUUUUUGCAAAGAACAACCGGUGACCCGUAUCAGUCGGCCGCGUCACAGAUCUCCAAUUUACCUUUUGCGCCGCGGAGAUUUGCUCAGGCCGCCCCUCUCUUUUAUAGUGCCACUGACGAAUUUCGAGAAGAGGAUGAUGAAACAGAGCACGAGCGUGAGAUUGCAGACUUCUAUGCAUUACAAAGGUCUAGAAGGCAUUUUGGUAGCAGCCACCUAAGAGACUCCUUGGAAGUCGAUGAUAGAAGCUUGGCGGACUCUGAUGAGCUACAGACCUUCCGGAAUGACAGACUUUCUAAGGGGAAGGGAAUCAGAAGCUCUUGGCGUGACGAGAAAUUCAGCAGCAGUGAAGGAAGUAGUAUCCAAGAUGAAUUGGGAUCGGGCGUGAUUGGAAACAGGCCAAAAAGCCCUGCCAGUCGAAUCGGCAGUGACAUGCAGGGUAAUUUAGUCGACAUAGGCCUAGAUGAUACCUUGCGAACUGAUGGUUUCAAGACGCCCCAUUCGCCGGAGUUCGGGGAUGAUGAUCCUCCUAUCCAACGCUUUCGAGGACUCCCCGAUAUUCGAAGGGGGAACCCGGGGGUAGACUCAUUCAUUGCUACAGAGACCGACAAGCAGAAAUUGUUGGACAACCCUCCGCCGCAAAGCUCAACAGAUUCAUAUCCAGCUUCAGUUACAAAUACACCGGUGGAACCACCGCUGCAUGAUGCCUUCUGGGGCCAGCUUUUUUUAAUAUCUCUAGCAAGCCUUUUCGCCACGGCUUUUCUUGUGUAUCUGCAUACCAAACCCCCUGGAGACAAGCCAAACUGGGGCGACACGGUCUACAUGACCAUUUACAGAUCAUAUUUCCUCCUCGGCGCUUAUACUCUUGUUUCUAUCAUUGUAUCGCUCCUCUGGCUUGCGCUACUUCGGUCUUACGUUCGCACUUUAGUCUAUGUGAUCAUGGUUUCUGUCCCAGUGCUCCUUUACUCUUUCUCUCUCUAUCCAUUCGUUUCAAGUUUCAAAGGAACCUGGCAUGGUGCCAGCUUGCAGGACAAAGUUAUGCGGUUUAGCUCUGUUGUCCCACUCAUUAUAGCCAGCGCAUGGGUAUACAUCGUCAUCAAGGGCCGCCGUGCCAUAAACAAAGCCAUCAACAUUCUUGAAUUUGCAUGUCGAAUUCUUUCUGUGAAUCCCGAAUUACUUGCACUUGGCCUGAGUAUCCUCGUCUGCAUCGUCUGUUGGACUUGGCUAUGGAUGCUCAUGUUCACUAGGGUGUUUCUGGGAGGACAUGUCUCUGGCUCCAAGUCAUUCAUUAUAGAUGUGAGCAGCUGGUGGCUAGGGGUGUACUUCGUUCUUGUCUACGUAUGGUCGUUAGGAGUGAUCGGUGGAAUACAACGAGCGGUCACGGCUGCGACAGUGAGUCAGUGGUACUUUCACCGUCUGGCAACUCCAGCACCAACAUCCAGGCAGAUAGUUCAAGCUGCGAUUACCCAUGCCGCUUCAACUCUUUUUGGCACAAUAUGCUAUUCCACACUUUUGACGCUGUUGAUCAGGCUCCCCUUGCUUGUGCUCCCAAAUCGCGUAUCUUCCGUGCUCAGUUUAUUCGUCUACUCCUUCGUCCCCACUCCAGUUACUACACUCACUAAUCCCCUUUCUCUUUCUUAUGCUGCAAUCCAUUCGCAACCACUUGCUGCCUCGGCUCGUGGUCUUUCACAAUUGACAGUUCUGUCACCCCGGGCACCUGCUACUUCGUUACAUCCAAACACAUUUUAUUCUCAGCCCCGGGGAAAUUAUUCUCCCGUCUCCUCCUAUCAACUUUCUAAACUUAUUCUACACGCAGCUCGCUUUAUGAUGUCCUUGGCGCUUGGCUUUGGUGGCUGGGUUACAACUGCUCGAAACCUAAGUGUCCCUGGCGCCGGUGGUACCACACGUGGAAGCUUGUACGCCUACGUUGUUGGGUUGCUUGCAGGAGUAAUCGGGUGGAGCGUUCUGGGCGCAAUUGAGGGUAUUGUAGCGGAUAUUGUAGACGCAUCCGUUAUUUGUUGGGGCAGCGAAGUUGGCACUUACGGCAGGGAAGCUAGGUACUGUCGAGAAGCCGAAUGGCUCUUUGGUGAGGACUCCGAUAAUUCAGGACCCAGACGCGCUAUUCCUUGAAUCUCAUGUUUGGGGAAUCUUGCCAGAUGCCCAGAAUGACAAGCCUUAACCCGUGAGUAUUCACGCAGCCUUUUUCAUGACACCAUACACAUAAAAAUAUCUUUACAACCCAGUUAUUUUUAUCUGGAAUGUCAAUGGCCACUUUUCCCUCUUAUUUUCUUUCGCGCCUUUUCAUAUUAUCCAGAAAUCGCUGUUUGAGGAGUCCUUGGUUAUGCUUCUAAUUCAAUCAGAGCAUAGAAAUUCGUGAGAAUAUCGAGUUUGGAGAGGGUCUUGGGCCCUAGAGCUGCAUCUAUGCAUGUCUUCCUUUCCUUUUCUUUUGAGCUUCUGAAAUUUUGGCGUUAAGAUGUAUGUAUAUACCUGUCAGUUCGGGGAUAUAUUUGUAAUCAUUCCAAAACCAGAAAUGCAAGAUCCUACAGGAACUGAGAGAUGGGGGGAAGCCUCAGUAAAUGAUAGUCUCGAGUUCCCCCAAUACGAUCUUCA